UCCAGAAACAGACUUACCUAAUGAAAAUCCGAGAAGAUUCAGAAAAAAGGAAACUAUUGGAACGAUUAAAAAUCCGCUUUCCCCCCUCUGACCGCCUUUAGCAAGUCCUUUUUUCCGCUCGGGGAGAACCGCCUCUGUUUCUCCCAACUGAAAAACUUUGUGAAUCGAAUAAAAUCCAUUCCAUCUCGCCGCUUCGUUCGUCCAGCGGAAACGGAAAACUGAAAAUCUUGAACUGAAACCCAUAUCCGCUUUCUCCUCGAACACUUUCGAAAUCAUUAUUUAUUCAUCUAAUCGAUCCUUGCAUGCUCUUUCUGUUCCUCAGAAACUUAAGCAGAAUCUCUAUUCGAUCACCAUGGAUUCCGUUGUUAAACAAGAAAUUUUUGAAACUGGUGAACUUCCAGCGGAGAGACGCUCGGAAAACUUAUCUAAACCUGUCUCCGUUAUUGAACUUAGUAGCAGUUAUUCAGACUCUUCAGAUUCUGACGACUCCGAUGACGCAUCCACUGUCGGGCCGGACGGUAAGAGAUCUAGGGUUUCGAACGGUGAUGGCCGGCGUUUCAAAAAGCAAAAAAUGGGAGUCGUUUUGCCUUUGGGAUUUCUUGACCCCCUUCCUCCGGAGGAUGAAGCAUUGCCUUUGCCUUCACCUUCGCCUUUGCCUUUGUCUUUGCAGCGGCCUACUCCGCAAGCUCAAUCCGGGGCGUCGGUUCAGGGCUGCAAGCAGUUUUGGAAGGCCGGAGACUAUGAUGGUGCUCCUGCCAAUGGUUCAGGAUCGUCUGCGGGUGGCAUGGAUCAUGUCAGGGUGCACCCUAAGUUUCUACAUUCAAAUGCAACCAGCCACAAAUGGGCUCUUGGAGCCUUUGCAGAGCUUCUGGACAACUCUUUAGACGAGGUCUGCAAUGGUGCUACAUAUGUCAAUGUAGAUGUGCUAAAAAACACCAAAGAUGGGAGUAGAAUGUUGCUGGUUGAAGAUAAUGGUGGUGGGAUGGAUCCAGAUAAAGUGCGACAGUGCAUGUCUCUUGGGUAUUCUGUAAAAAGCAAAUUAGCAAAUACUAUUGGACAAUAUGGAAAUGGUUUUAAGACAAGUACCAUGAGACUUGGAGCGGAUGUUAUUGUUUUCUCUCGCUGUCGUGGAAAAGAUGGAAAAAGUAGCCCAACACAAAGCAUUGGCAUGUUGUCCUACACAUUUUUGAGGACCACAGGAAAGGAAGACAUUGUAGUUCCCAUGGUAAGAACAUUUCACAGGAUCUUUAUGGCAUAUAUCUCAUAUUCCUGAAUUCCUUUCGUGCUCUUCCCUUUUCUGGCAUUUAAUAAUUUCUGUUUAUCUUUCUAUGAGCAUAAAACUUGGGGACUUAACUAGUUGAUGCUUGUGGAUUGCUUGUAGUAAUUUAGACUUAUUGAUUGUAUCUGUCUAUUUAUAUGUAUGAAGUUACUUCCUUUCUACAAGUCUUACUUUAAAGUUCGUUCAAAUUCAUCUUCUUUCUUAAUAUCCUUCUGCAUUUGUUUGCCCCUUUGGAAAAAGUUUGUUCUGGAAGGACAAGUGGUUUAUACCAAACACUGAUUAUCUUUGCCUAGCUGUGAAGCAAAGAAGUACUCAAGCUUUAGGAAUCAACAUCAUCAAACUUAUGUGGUACUUUGGGAUGUAAUUUGUUGGCUAUCUUCUUUGAAAUUUCAAAAAAAAUUCAGAACAGUCCUGGUUAACCUCUUCUUGGAGUGAUGUAAUAAAUUUGCAGCGGAAGUCUUCUUAGUAUUUAUUGAGCACUUUAAAUCAACAAGACAAAGUUUUGUUUUUUAUCAUAAUUUUUAAAUCAGCAAUACGGUAUGUCCUGCAGGGUGAUUAUUUUUUCAUUGAACCACGCUUACCUUAUAACCUCUACCCCCUAUGGUGAAGAACAAUUUGUCUGUGUUGAUGUCUGUGAUGCCAACUUAACAAGGACCUGAUAUACACAAAUCCACUCAGCUGAGGUGAUGGGGAAAGAAGACCUGGCAAAGCUGAUAAAAA